GAUUUGGAGAUGGACAAUUGAUUGUAUUGUUGUUGACUAUAAUUAGAUUCAGGUUUUCACUAUACUUGUAGAUUCACUGCAUCAAAGAGAUGACUUCACAUCGUAAUCCUGCAUUAGAGUUUACACCAUUGAUGUGCUGCAGAGGAGGAAGAAUGUGUUGAGCUCCAUUAGUUAUCUAUAUCUGAACUGUUUGUAUCCUUGUGAUAGCUCAUCUUUAUCCUUUCUCAAAGGAGAGGCAAUCAGCUGCAGCAACUGUUACUUAGUUAGCUACUGAUGUGUUUCAUUCAACUUUGUGCUCUCAACAGGAUGUUCUAUGGUCCAGGUGGACCUUACGCCUUGUUUGCCGGAAAGGACGCCAGCAGAGCACUGGCAAAGAUGUCCUUCGAGGACAAGGACCUGACCGGAGACAUCUCCGGCCUAGGUCCUUUCGAGAUGGAAGCCUUGCAGGACUGGGAAUACAAGUUCAUGAGCAAGUACGUGAAGGUUGGUAGCAUCAAGAAGGAAGUCCCAGUGGCCGAUGGUUCCUCCAGCGAGCAACCAGCCACCGAGAACGGUGAUGCUAAGCCUGCAACCACUGAAGCAGAUGAUGCCAAGCCAGCUGAAGAUGCUCCAUCUACGGCAGCUGAGCAUACCGAGGUUCCUCCAACAAGCGUAGAGUCCAAAGAGGACUGAAACUGCAGAGGGCAAUUCUGGUGGUGGUGGGUGGCGGAGAGCGAAUUUCGUAAGGAGAGAUGAUGCCAUGAGAGAGAGAGUGAGAUGAUGUAUGUAUAAGAAGAUUGAACAUUGGUGGGUUCUUACUUCUUACGUAGUGUUUUAGUCUUUAUUUUCAGCUUUCUCAUCUCCAAACCCAGACAUGUUUCUGUCACAAAGAAGAGACUAGCUUUCAUAUGUUUGUCUAAUAAGAACACCAUUCCGUGAUAUUUGGCCUUUCAUGGUGGCUUGAGGACAUAUGAGAUUGUUCAACAUUAAAACAUAGGAUUGCACAGCCGUUCUUUUUUCUUCCUCCAUCGCUUACUCCUAGUCCGCAUCAUUGCAGCUACAAAAUACAGUUUUCUCUUUGCAUGAGCAGCUGGUUAUAAAGAGCUCGAAUCACCGACAGAAAGCAGAAAAUAAACAAUUGGAGCAGCUGCUUUGUAGCAUGAACAAAUGGAAGAACUCAAUGGGCUUAUACCACUCGCUGCAAGUUAUCGAAUCACCUCGACAGAAGCACAGAUUAAACAAUUGGAGCAUCUCAUUAUACAACCAUAAAGAAAGAACCAGCAAAAAG